AUGACCUGUAGGGGGCGCUGUGCUUUCGGAGAUGGCAGCAAGUUCCCUGUCCACCCUUAUGUCAUGCCCGUGAUGAGGUGCAAUGUUUUCUCCCCUGGUCCUUCCGGCAUCGACAACAAAAACUCAAAAAACCAGAGGGAGAAAAUUAGAUAUCUCACCCCUGGUCCCCUGUUCUCCCUUCUAGUCCUGCUCCCCCCUGGUCCCCUGCUCUCUCCUGGUCCUCUGCUCUCCCCUUGUCCCCUGCUCUCCCCUGGUCCCCUGCUCACCCUUGGUCCUCUGCUCUUCCCUGGUCCCCUGCUCUCUCCUGGUCCCCUGCUCUCCCCUUGUCCCCUGCUCUCUCCUGGUCCGCUGCUCUCCCCUGGUCCCCUGCUCUCCCCUGGUCCCCUGCUUUCCCCUGGUCCCCUGCUCUCUCCUGGUCCCCUGCUCUCCCCUGGUCCCCUGCUCUCUCCUGGUCCCCUGCUCUCCCCUGGUCCCCUGCUCUCUCCUGGUUCCCUGCUCUCUCCUGAUCCUUCUGCACCGUGA